GGAAGACCCUGCUGCCUCUGGACCAGUGCUUAUGGUCGCCACUGUUAUUCUGAAUCAAGUACCUUGUCAUUGAGCUACCCUAUAAAAAUGCCUUAAGAAAGAGCCAUGGAGAAGUAUGUUAGACUACAGAAGAUUGGAGAAGGCUCAUUUGGAAAAGCUGUUCUUGUUAAGUCCACAGAGGAUGGCAGGCAUUAUGUUAUCAAGGAAAUUAACAUUUCAAGAAUGUCCGGCAAAGAACGGCAGGAAUCAAGGAGAGAAGUUGCAGUGUUGGCAAACAUGAAGCAUCCAAAUAUUGUCCAAUAUAAAGAAUCAUUUGAAGAAAAUGGCUCUCUCUACAUAGUAAUGGAUUACUGUGAAGGAGGAGAUCUGUUUAAACGAAUAAAUGCUCAGAAAGGUGCUUUGUUUCAAGAAGAUCAGAUUUUGGACUGGUUUGUACAGAUAUGUUUGGCUUUGAAGCACGUACAUGAUAGAAAAAUUCUUCACCGAGACAUAAAGUCACAGAACAUAUUUCUAACCAAAGAUGGGACAGUGCAGCUUGGAGAUUUUGGAAUUGCUCGAGUUCUUAAUAGUACUGUAGAACUGGCUCGAACUUGCAUAGGGACUCCAUAUUACCUGUCUCCUGAAAUCUGCGAAAACAAGCCUUACAAUAAUAAAAGUGACAUCUGGGCUUUGGGCUGCGUCCUCUAUGAGUUGUGUACACUUAAACACGCAUUUGAAGCUGGGAACAUGAAAAACCUGGUACUGAAGAUAAUAUCUGGAUCCUUUCCUCCUAUAUCCCUGCACUAUUCCUAUGAUCUCCGCAGUUUGCUCUCCCAGCUAUUUAAAAGGAAUCCUAGGGAUAGACCAUCAGUCAACUCCAUAUUGGAGAAGGGUUUUAUAGCUAAACGAAUCGAAAAGUUUCUCUCACCUCAGCUUAUUGCAGAAGAAUUUUGUCUAAAAACAUUUUCAAAAUUGGGACCACAGCCUCUACCAGGUAAAAGACCAGCAUCAGGGCAAAGUGCCAGUUCUCUUGUCCCUGCUCAGAAAAUCACAAAGCCUGCUGCUAAAUAUGGAGUGCCUUUAACAUAUAAGAAGUAUGGAGAUAAAAAGUUACUUGAAAAAAAAUCACCCCCAAAACAUAAACAGCCCUAUCAAAUUCCAGCGAAGAAAAUGUGUUCUGGAGAAGAAAAGAAGAAAAUGUUUGAGUUGGUUGUGAAGGUAAGGAGCUCAGAUGUUUCUCUACCUUUGGAGCAUCAAGAAACAGGGGGUUCUGCAUCAAAGCAGCAAAUGAGACCUGUUAUUUCUGUGACUUCGGCUUUGAAAGAAGUGGGCCUGGAUGGAAGUUUAACUGAAACCCAAGAAACUUCAGAAGAAAUGCAAAAGAGCAGCAAUGCUGUUUCAAGCAAGCGAGAAAUACUGCGUAGGCUAAAUGAGAAUCUUAAAGCUCAGGAAGAUGAAAAGGAGAAUCACCAUCACUCAGAUUCUUGUGAGGUCGCUGGUCACAAGAAUGCCAAUGAGUAUGAGAAAGAAAAUGCCAUUUCCUCUGAUCGCAAGAAGUGGGAGGUCGGAGAUGAGCUUGUGAUUCCUCUGGAUGAAGUGACACUGGAUACAUCCUUCUCUGCCUCUGAAAAACAUACUGUAGGAGAGGUAAUUAAGUUAGAUUCUAAUGGCUCUCCAAGAAAAGUCUGGGGGAAAAGCCCUACAGAUUCUGUCCUGAAGAUACUAGGAGAAGCUGAACUCCAACUCCAGACGGAACUACUAGAAAACACAGCUUUUAAAAGUGAGAUUUAUCCUGAAGGCGAAAACUACAAGCCCUUAAUUGUUGGAGAAGAGAAACCAGAAUGUAUUUCAAAAGAAAUAAAUCCAUCAGGUACUGUUGAUUCUGUUGAAACAGAAAGCCCAAAGUUUAGUAAGGUGCCUCUACCAACGUCAGAAGGAAAUGUGGAAGAACCUGAUGAUUUGGAGACAGAAGUUCUUCAAGAGCCAAGUAGCACAGACACAGAUGGGAGUUUGCCACAUGCUGUUAAUGAUGUGUGGAUUAGUGAGGAAGAAGAAGCUAAGGAAACUGAGUUGGAAGAUAAGGUUGCUGAGCAGCAGAGUGAGGUUUGUGAAGGCAGCAUUCCAGGGAAUGUGGAGCAGUCUCGUGAGGAUCAGAUAGAGCCUGCAGUAGAUGAUUCUCAGCAGUCUAGAUGUGACAUAGAGAAGUCAGUACAGCCAGAACCAUUCUUCCAGAAAGUGGCUCACUCUGAGCACUUGAGCGUAGUUCAGUCAGAACCAGUUUCACUCCGAUCUCGCUCUGAUUCACCACCAAAAACUAAAACCAAGAACUCCUUACUGAUUGGGCUUUCAACUGGUCUAUUUGAUGCAAAUAACCCAAAGUUUUUUUUAGAUAACAGUGACGGCGAGACUGCUAGUGAAUGUGAAUAUGACAGCGUCUUCAACCACUUAGAGGAGCUAAGACUUCACCUGGAGCAGGAAAUGGGCUUUGAGAAGUUAUUUGAGGUGUAUGAGAAAGUAAAGGCUAUUCAUGAGGAUGAAGAUGAAAAUAUUGAAAUUUGUUCAACAAUAGUUGAGACUAUUUUGGGCAAUGAGCAUCAGCAUCUCUACGCCAAGAUUCUGCAUUUAGUCAUGGCAGAUGGAGCCUAUCAUGAAG